AGACGUUAAUGGAAAUUCUCAGAGUUUGGCUCCCAAUUUCUUCCCCAGUGAGAGAAAAAAAUCGAAAAGGCGAAGAACGAAGAUGCCCACUGGGGAUUCAUGAAGGGACAAACGACACUGGGCUAUCGAAUUAUGUGCAUUUUUUGGGUUGAAUCAAAUUCAGUUCUGAUGUUUUUCGCGAGAGUAUUUAUCGUUUCUCUCUUCACAGUUUAUUCCAAUAAAUAUUCUCUCGACCAAUUCUCGGAGUUUUUGUCAAACCAAGGGGAGCUCACCAAAUAUUCCUUCGAUCAAUUCUCGGAGUUUUUGUCAAACCAAGGGGAGCUCACGAAUUUCUUCAAUUUCGUAAUCGGCGCCUUCCUCAAUAGGAGGCAUGAAUUUAGGGGUUUUUUCGAGAGCUCGAUAAAAGUUCUCAUUGUUGUUGCUAUGUCAGCUGGCGCCCUUUGUGGCGUCGCGCCUUUCAUUUUUCGUAAGAAGAAGCCUUCUGGAUUUGAGAAAAGUGAGGUUGAGACCAAAAAAGUUCCAAGCAUAGUUACAUCUAGAAAUGUCAAGGUCAGGAAUGUUCCAACAGUUGGAGUGGCUAGCAAUUUUGCUCCCUUGAGUGAGAUUAGGAACAAAAUUGCCUGCCUCAGAGAUUUGCUCGAUUUCUCACCUUGCUCCGGCUCUGCUACUCUGCUUGAGCUGUUGGUAUUGACCCUUCAUGAUAUUUUCCAACGCUAUCCGGAGAUCAAACCAGCUUCAGAAUUUCAGGAUGCAUGCACUCAUGAGGUUUUGAAAAUCUUCUGUGAUACUCUGCAAUCACUGGGAAAUCUGUGGACAACGGAGAAGUGGAUGUUCCGUUGCAAUUAUGUUUCAUCUACAAAAUUGCAACACUCCGAGUUAGAGCAUAUUGCUGGGUUGAUGCUCGAAGAUAUCAUCAAGCUAGCUCGGGAGAGGUCAUCUGAUGAGGUGGAUGAUGAUGACAAUAUGAGUGACUACAGCCCUGCAGGAAAUCCGUUUUCAAAGGCGCGGUCUGGCCCUUAUUUUGAUAUCAGAUCACCAUGUUGUGGAUCUCCAAUGACUCCUACUUCAGUCCUUCAAGGAGCGUGGAGGUCUCCGACAAGCUCUGAGGGGGAGCCGUGUUCGCCCCCUGUGCUCCUACCGGUUAGAGUUGGGAAACUAAGCCCCGUGGACAUGAAUCGUCUCUCCUUCCAUAUGGUUACUCGUGGAGCUGCUACUGCUCAAGAUCCUCAAUACAUGGUCCUAAUGAAUAAUUUUGGCAAGGAACCGAGAGAGGAUGAAGUGCUGGACGAGAUGGAAAUGGUCGAUAUUGUUAUUCAUGAUUCUCAAAAUGAUGGUACAAAGAUUUCUUCUCUUGUGAGAAGAAAUGGAAGAAACUGGAUUGGUGUUAUAAAUCAGCCAACUCCACAGAUGGUGAUGGGGCCUUGUUUGCAAACAAUGCUUGAGUUGCCUUUUCCAACACCAUCGCAGCCCAUAUUGCUUCCCAAAAAUGAUCAUGUUUUGACAGAUCCAGUGCCUCUGCCACCAGCGUCAUUUCCUCCUCCACCACCACCAUUGCCACCGCCACUCACUGCACCAAGCAGUAUUGCAGUUGCACCCCCUCCACCGCCACCACCCCCACUGCCAAUGGCCGUGGUUAAUCGUCCACCACCGCCACCCCCUCCUCUUCCCACACACACAUCAACUGUUCCUCCACCACCUCCUCCACCCAUGAUGACCGCAUCAAACGGAAAGGGACCAGCUAUGCCACCGCCUCCUCCUCCGCCCAUUGGUGCAUCAAAGGGGCAGCCACCACCGCCACCAUUUGCGCCAACUGGUAAAAACGGUUCAGCCCCACCACCCCCUCCCGGGGCUGCAGGCCUUCGUCUGAAGAAAGCAGCCUCCAGAUUGAAGAGGUCUUCACAGAUGGGCAAUCUGUAUCGAACUCUCAGAGGCAAAGUAGAAGGAUUGGCUGUGCAUGGGAAAUCAGCAGGACGAAAGGCUAAAAUCGGAGGAGGAGGGGGAGCCUCCGAUGGAGGGAAACAAGGAAUGGCCGAUGCAUUGGCAGAGAUAACAAAAAGGUCAUCAUACUUCAUACAAAUUGAAGAAGAUGUCAAGAAAUAUGAGUCAGUGAUAAAGGAGUUGAAAACCUCCAUCGGUUCUUUCCAGACAUCCGACAUGGCUGAGCUCAUCAAAUUCCGCAAACAUGUCGAGUCCCACCUCGAGAAACUAACCGAUGAAACUCAGGUGCUAGCAAGAUUUGAAGAGUUCCCCAGCAAGAAGCUGGAAGCUAUAAGGAUGUCUGCAGCUCUGCACUCAAAGUUGGAUGGAAUCGUCACCACUCUGCAGAACUGGCAACUAGUCGGGCCCGUUGGUAAACUCCUCGACAGAACUGAAGGCUACUUCAACAAGAUCAAGGUGGAACUCGAUGCACUUGAACGGACCAAAGACGAGGAUCUUAAGAGAUUCCAAGCUCAAAAGAUCAAUUUUGAUUUCGGGAUCCUCGUACGCAUCAAAGAACUGUUGGUUGAUGUUUCUUCUGGCUGCAUGGAGCUGGCUCUUAAGGAGAUGAGAGAAUCCAAGGCUAAAGAAGUGAAAGAACAGAAAAAUGGAGGGAAGGGUGGAUCAGCGAAGAUCCUGUGGAGGGCCUUCCAGUUUGCAUUCCGUGUCUACACGUUCGCCGGUGGGCACGACGACCGGGCCGACAAGCUCACCAAGGAAGUGGCACAUGAAAUCGAGACCGAACACUAGUCAAACGAUAUACCCCGUGUUCGCUUUGUCACAUGAAAAGCCCCAAAAACUGACCCCAAAAAUCAAGAAAAAAGAAAAUAUAUACAUACACAUAAAAUAUAUACUUAGAUGAACACGUCGACCUAACAAAUGUAGAUAUUUGAGAUGUCUAUUUAUUGAACUUGCUGGGAUUUCAAGUGUAUAUGGUUCAGUAAAUUAUUUCGUGUAGAGAAGUAGCAAUGACUUUGUGUCUGUGUGUGGAAGGUGAGCUUUGCAUCACCACCAUUUUAGAGGGAAUUUUAUUUAA